GGAAAAAAGAAAAUGUGAUGACUUAGGUUGGAGCUCAAGAUUCUUCUCAGAGUCACAUUUUUUAAUCUACAUGGCUCCAAACUAACACAUUGAUCAAGGGAUCCAAGUUUAGUCUUACUCAUACUAACGUAAUGUUGGUAAUCAGUAGCUGUGUUUGUGUCUUCUUCUUCUUCUUCUUCUUCCAAUUCAUGUUACUGCAGUAGGUAGCCUGAUGCAAUUUUGACAUCAACUUGGUUUCUUAUUAAACAUUCUUUCUUUCCCCUCAAACAAAUGCUUGUCUUUUCUUGUUUAUCUUUUAUUCCUUUUGCUUUUUUUCAACAUUAAUACCAUCAUAGAUUGACCAUACUAUAUAUUUUUUGGUCACUCUUUCUGUCUUUGUCACCUCUUGUUACAUCCAACGGAUCAUGCAAGAACUGUGUUUCAAAAGUGCACAGAUAAUAAACAACUAUUAGGUUUGGUUAAUUUGUCUAGGAUAUCAUAUCAUAUUCGCGCACGACAAGUGUUUUAGUUUUCUACUCUAGUAUAUUUGUUUCCAUCUAUGGAAACGAUUAUGAUAGGUGGCGUUACAGAAGAUCCUCGAGCUAGUCUUCUCAGCACGGUCGUCCAAUCUACAUUUGAAGACAAGCUGCAGAAUCAGAAAUCAAGAAUCCAACAAGAUAAUAGAAGAUUGGAGGAAGAGAUGAAUGUGCCAUCAAGAUCAUCAUCAUCUUCAUCGCAGAAGCUUGGAUGGCCACUUCUCCGUAGUCGGUUGCAUACAGAAACCUCCAGAGACAUGUCUGUUGUGCAAUGGGUAAUGAACUUACCAGACAGGCCUUCAUCACAAAUCGAGAACAAGAGCUGUAAGAAAGUUAACAGUUUCAAUAGCUGCAAAAGGUUCAGCUUCGAGAUUCUCAAUUCUUGCACAUGUCAAUUCUCCGAAGAAAAUGUGAUUGGAAUCGGAGGUAGCAGUCGCGUGUAUACAGGAACUCUCCCUAAUGGAAAACAAGUAGCUGUCAAAGUUAUGCAGUCAUCAAAAGAAGCCUUCAAAGAUUUCGUUCUUGAAGUCGAAAUAAUGUCCUCAUUGAACCAUGCAGCCAUUGCUCCUUUACUCGGAAUUUGCAUUGAAAAUGGAUCUUUGAUAUCUGUUUACGAUUAUUUCCCCCAAGGAACGUUAUACAAAAAUCUACGCGGUAAGAACAAGGAUGAAUCUCUACUGCCAUGGGAGAUAAGAUUUAAGGUAGCUGUUGGGAUCGCGGAAGCAUUGAACUAUCUGCAUAACCAAAUCUCCAAGCCUGUCAUACAUAGAGAUGUCAAGUCUUCCAACAUUCUUCUUUCCCGCGGAUUCGAGCCAAAAUUAUGUGAUUUUGGACUUGCUAUGUGGGGACCAACAACUUCAUCGUUUACGAUACAAAACGAUGUAGUAGGAACCUUUGGUUAUCUUGCACCUGAAUAUUUCAUGUAUGGAAAAGUGAGUGACAAGAUAGAUGUAUAUGCCUUUGGUGUUGUCCUACUUGAACUCAUAUCAGGAAGGGAACCGAUCCACGCGAAAGCUAGCAAAGGACGCCAGAGUUUGGUCGCGUGGGCAAAACCGAUAUUAGAGAGUGGAGAUGUUAAAAGGUUAGUGGAUACAAAGUUGGAAGGAAAGUUUGAUGUAGAACAAUUGAACAGAAUGGUUCUUGCAGCAUCUCUAUGCUUAACACGGGCUGCGCGGCUUCGUCCUACAAUGAAUAAGAUACUAAAUAUCUUGAAAGGAUGUGACGAGAACGACGAAAAAUUGUUUAAAUCUCGAGAGAGUGAUUGCGAUCAUUCGGAAAAUCAAGAAAACGUUGAUGACGAAGUUUAUCCGAAAUCAAAUGCAGGAUUGCACCUAAAACUUGCAUUACUUGAUAUUUGAAGUUUUGGUUUAUACCAUAAACAAAGUGAAA